AUGGCCGGAUUUAGUCUGGAAGAGUCGGCCCCGAAGAUCCUUGGCGUCUCGAUCGCCGUCAUCGCCGCCAUCUACGUCAUCUAUCCGCCCGGCCUCGUUCUCAUCCCGCUCACGCUUUUCAUUUUUGCCUAUACAACCAAGAACGAAAAAACCUCGACAACAAAUGUAACUACAUAUUUGCUUUUACUUUUACUUUCAAAUCUCAUUUCUAAUAGGUGGACACUUUCUUCGCCGGAUUCAAAAUCGGAGGUCAUCGCGGAGCUCCGAAGAGUUUCCCCGAGAACAGUAUGGCAGGAUUCGCACAAGCGAAAGCGGACGGAGCGGAUCUCAUUGAGUUUGACGUGGCAUUGACGAUGGACGGAAAAGCAGUUCUCAUGCACGACGACGAUUUGGACAGAACGACAGACAUGCGAGGGCCGAUUAGAGAGAAAACUCGUGCUGAGCUCGACAGAUGCAACAUUUCCGCCAACUUCAUCCGAACCGCUCCUGGGUAUGAUGAUUCCUCUAUUGGCUUUUACAUUUUUCAUGUUUCAGAGAUCAUAGUCGCUUGGCCAGUGUUGCCCGUGAGCGCGUUCCUGACAUGGAAGACGUUGUGAGAUGGGCGGUCGAGAACAACACCCGGAUGCUCUUCGACGUCAAGGAUUCUGACAACGAGCUUGUCGAUCAAAUCGCCACCCUUUUCUCCAGGUACAAUCUCUACGACAAGGCCAUCGUGUGCAGUUUCUUCCCGUGGGUCGUCUACCGUAUCAAGAAGGGCGAUCAAAAGAUUCUGACCGGGUUGACGUGGCGCCUCAAGUUCUGGUCUUAUCAUGAUAUCGAGAACAUCCGUCCGAGGUACUCUGGACCCAAACAGUGGCUUUUCGAGGCUAUCGAUGUGCUGCAUGUGUGGCUGCUCAAAACAGUCACUCCGUGGUACCUUGGAGCAGAUCUUCUGCUCACCAACAACUUGGACAUCUCACAGUAAGCAUUGAUUUGUCUAAAGUCACGAAAUACAUGUUUAUUCUUAUCAGAACCUUCGUAAUGGAUCAAAAAAGACGUGGAAUGCGUGUGGCCGUCUGGACUGUCAACGAUAUGGCCGAAAUGCACUGGAUGCUCGCCACCCUCAAAAUUCCUAUUCUCACCGACUACCCGGAGCUUACCAAACAGGCCGCCCAUUUGGAGGAUGUUCAGAAAAACGAUUACAUGCCAAUGCACAAGUCAUCCUCUGAUUUGUAA